AUGGUUAACACCCGGAAUUGGAACCAUUCACCCCCUAGAGAAGAUGCCAGUGAUGCCUCUAACAUGGUUUUGCCGGUACCACCUCCGAUAAAUAAUAGUGUGGACUCCUCUACAUUACUGAGCAACAUGCUUCGAGUCAUGCAACAGGAGCAUAGGGACGCACAACAAGAACAGCAUCCCUUUAUGCAAACAAUGACUAAUCAGCUCAGGGACAUUGCUAAGGAAAGGAUUCCCCCACCAAUACCAGUGGCUACUGCUGCACCAGGAACUCUCCCACCAGCACCAGCAGCUGCUGUCGCACUAGGUAACCCUCCACCCGUACCUGUUGCAGCUGCCGACACACCUCUAGCUCAACUAGUGCCAAUUCCUCCUCCCCCUACUCCUGAUGCUCCACAAGUUCGUUGUGGCGCCAGUUUGGGUUAA